AUGGGCCAACUCAUGGUGGCAGGUAAGCAAUUCUCUCAACAUGCCCGGAACAUUACGUUCAGCUUCGAAGGUCCCGACAAGCUGCCUGUCCAUCGUGCUGAGCUUCUGAAUAACCAUGGCAACUUCGUCUCCGCUAGUCUCAUGGUGGGUAACUGGCUGUUCAACAACGAUGGUCACUUUGAGUUUCAAGUACGGAACAAUAAAUAUCUUAAUGUCAAUAAAUUCCGCAUCACGGCUGGGAUGCCGGAAUAG